UCGUAUUUCAGCCUCGGACGUAUACUUUAUUUGCCCCGCCUCCUGGUUGAGCUUCAGCGAAAGAAAGUAACGUUAACUAAAAAUACAAACAGAUUUCGAUUCAUUAUCUUCAAAACCGCAUUUAAUGUAAGGACAUCUGAGGUUAUCGGGUAAACUUUGAGUAACACGGCCAGUUUAAGUAUGAUCCAGAGGCUCGCUGUGUCCCUGCGGCGGCGGCCCGCAGCUGCUCCUCUCGGGGCAGCGGUUCGAUGCGUCUCCUCGGCCUCAGUGAACGUCACAGUCCCGCUAAACUUCUGGGCUGGCAAGAGAAGGACGAGCCAAGAGAACUGCAACAAGGAAAAUGUCUAUGAACCUGCCACAGGGCGAAUCUUGUGCCAUUUGGAGCCUUGUGGUGCUGUGGAUGUCAAUCAGGCUGUGAAGGCUGCCAAAUCAGCCUUUGGCCAUUGGAGCAAAAUGUCAGGAAUGGAGAGGGCGAGGAUCAUGAUAGAAGCUGCCCAUAUCAUUGAGAGCAGGAGAGAGGAGAUAGCUGAAAUGGAGGUGGUCAACAAUGGGAAGUCCAUCACAGAGGCUCGUCUGGACGUGGACUCCGGCAGACUGUGUAUAGAGUACUAUGCAGGACUGGCCAGCACUCUGGCAGGCCAGCAUGUGCAGUUGCCCGGAGGAUCCUUCGCCUACACCCGCAGGGAACCUUUGGGAGUCUGCGUCGGCAUUGGUGCCUGGAAUUAUCCUUUUCAGAUAGCUUCUUGGAAAUCAGCUCCAGCUCUGGCCUGUGGAAACUCCAUGGUGUUCAAGCCAUCACCAGUGACGCCCGUGACAGCAGUCAUGCUGGCAGAGAUCUAUACGAAGGCUGGCGCUCCAGAGGGGCUGUUCAACGUAGUGCAAGGUAGCCAGGAGACUGGCAGCUUACUCUGCCACCAUCCUGACGUGGCUAAGGUGUCCUUCACUGGGAGUGUGCCAACAGGCAAGAAGAUUAUGGAGAUGGCAUCCAAGGGGGUGAAACCUGUAACUCUGGAGCUUGGGGGGAAAUCUCCUCUGCUCAUCUUCCAGGACUGUGAUCUGGAGAACGCUGUGAGGGGAGCUCUCAUGGCCAAUUUCCUGUCCCAAGGCCAGGUCUGCAGCAACGGUACAAGAGUGUUCGUUCAGAAGAAUAUUCUGCCUGAGUUUGUGGAGGAGAUUGUGAAGAGGACCCAGGCGAUUGAGAUAGGAGACCCGCUAUUAGAGAGCACCCGAAUGGGAGCACUGGUCAGCCAGCCACAUCUAGAAAAAGUCCUGUCCUUUGUGGAUCAGGCAAAGAAAGAGGGAGCCAGGGUGUUGUGUGGAGGUGAACGUUUUGUCCCAUCAGACCCCAGACUCAAAGGUGGAUACUAUAUGACACCGUGUGUGUUGGGUGACUGCACAGAUGAGAUGACAUGUGUGAAGGAGGAAAUCUUUGGUCCCGUCAUGUCCUUGUUGUCAUUUGAAACAGAAGAGGAAGUGCUGCAGAGAGCCAACAACACCACCAUGGGUCUGGCUGCAGGAGUUUUCACCAGGGAUGUGAGGCGAGCACACCGUGUGGUUGAGCAGAUCAAAGCUGGCUCCUGUUUUAUCAAUAACUACAACAUCACUCCUGUGGAGGUGCCAUUUGGAGGCUUUAAAAUGUCAGGCAUAGGGCGGGAGAAUGGCCAGGUGACCAUUGAAUACUAUUCCCAGCUGAAGACGGUGUUUGUGGAGAUGGGCGAUGUGGACAGUCUCUUCUAGGAAACACACACAGAGGAGGAUGAAGCUGUAACACUGAGCCAGAGACAGUAACAGAUGGUCUGGAGACAGAUAUUGCCUCCAUCACUCAAUGAAAAACCAUCAAACGUCAGUGCUCUGAAGUGAUGACAAACAAGCCUUGAUCAAUGGAGAUCCGUCCUUAGUGUGAGCCAUGAUUUUCAAUGUUUUGUUGAUUGAAGGGAAAUGUAGCAAAGUUCAAGUCAAUCAGAGACAAAUAGCUGUGGUAACUAAGACAAAUAAUGGCAAUGUGAUGUUAAUAGAAUUUGAAAUGUUAUUUACAUUUUUGUACAAAACAAAUCAAAGUUUACAAUCAGCUUUUAUUUUUUUAACAAUACACAUCAAUGUAUUUGUAUACAAAUACAAUACUAAAAAAAUGAAACACUUUUGAACAUUGUAUUGAUUUAAAUAAUCUAUAUUGUACAUUUUGUGUACGCUUAUUGUACUGCAUUGUUUAAAUUAGAGCUGUGACAGCAUCAUUUUGUGUGUAGUGUGAAUUAUUGAAGGAACUAGUCUAACUCAUUUGUUAAUCAUGUAAAUUGUGACAUAAACACUGUAAAUAUUUCAAUAAAAUAAAGACAUUUUUCACUGA